AUGAUGUGCGCAGCGGCUUCACAUGCUCUUGGUUUGUGUAUAUCAGACUACAAACAAAUGGAUGUAUUACAAUCCCUUACAAAUUUCAGCGGAAAGCUUUAUGGGGAAAUGUUGGAAGAAAACCAGAGUCAUUUUGAGAAUACUUUUCUCUCUCCUUUUAAUAUAUAUACUGCCCUGGGAAUGAUCCUUUCCGGCAGUGAAAUGAAUACAAAAACGGAGAUAAUGAAAAUGAUGCACUUAUCUACUUGUUUGGAACACCAUACAAUUCACCAUGGAAUCAGUGGACUUCUGUUUAACUGUGCAGAACGUGGUGAAGGUGUUGAGAUAAUGUUUGGGAAUGGAUUGUUUACAGCAGAAGAUGUGGAUGUUAAAAAAGAUUACGAAAAUACUCUUAAGAGUUAUUACAACGCACAAACAGAAUCUGUGACAUUUCAGACGGAUCCGGAAGGUGCUGGAAAACGAAUAAACCACUGGGUCGGUGAACUGACCAAAGGAAAAAUUCGUGAACUUUUUUCACCUGGAUCGCUGUCAACCGACACAUCAGUUUUAGUAAUAACCACUACAUACUUUGAAGGUCUGUGGAAUCUACCCUUUCUUCAAGGAAGUUCACACGAAAGCGAUUUCUUUAAACUUGACGGAUCAACGAUGAACGUAAAGUUAAUGUAUAUGAAUUCCUCAUUUGAAACCGUCAGUUUACCACAUUUGAAAUCACGUGCUAUUAAGAUACCAUUUAAAGAUCCUAGAUUCUCAUUAUUGGUCAUUCUUCCAAACACAAAUGAUGGAUUAUCUGAGUUACUAGAUGCGUUACAUAGAGAUGAUGAAUUUUCAUCAAUUCUUUCUUCUAACUUUACGGAUACCAGUAUACAUUUGUACUUACCAAAGUUCAAACUGAAGGAAGGCAGUGCUAUAAGCCUUGUAGGUUAUCUACAGAAAAUGGGAAUGAGAGAGGCUUUUUGUCCAGGAUCAGCUAACUUUACAAACAUGUCUGAAUCAAGUAAUUUAUGUAUACGAGAUAUACUCCAUAAGGCUAUUCUUGAAGUGGAUGAGCAAGGUGUGGUGGCAGCUGCAGCAUCUUCUGCAGAAGUUGUUCAACUUGCUGCGCCUUUACCUGAAUUCGCUGAUGAGGAAUUUCGUGUUGAUCAUCCAUUCUUCAUUUCAAUUAUUUGGAAUAAUUCUUUGCCAAUAUUUCUCGGACAUGUUACAAGUCCAGAGAAUUGA